GAGCGGCAGUAGGCUUCAGGCUGCAGGCGGCCCCCAGCUACGUUCCCUGGGCGGCCGGGGCGCCCCCAGCCCUGCACCGCCCGCCCCACGCAGCCUCCCGAGCUCGGCGCCUCCGCCCGCGGCACCCGGAGCAGCCCGGCGGGCUCCUGGAGGAGGUGCCCUGCGGAAGGCGUGGCCCGCGGGGACGUGGCGGGACAGCCCCCGGGCCGCCCCGGAGGAGGUGGCUGUGCCCCGUGUCUGGGGGAACUCUGAGUUCCUUAUGGGGGGACCCCUGCGUCCGGCAGGCAGCGUGGUCGGGGACACCCCGCGGUGACCCCUGGAGGGUGCCCAGGGACUGAACUGUGUUUGCAGAUAAGAGAGGUCCCACCUCUGUGAGCUCUGCAGGUAAGCGUGUACCUGCCAGGACCACCGGAGUCCACAGCCAUGAAGUUGAAUGAGAGGAGUGUGGCCCACUAUGCCCUGAGCGACGCCCCUGCAGACCUCACUGGCUUCCUGCGCACCUGGGCGGGAGCAGCCAGCUCCCCCGGGCCCAGCGGUGCUGGCCGAAGGUGCUGGUUUGUCCUCAAGGGCAACCUACUCUUCUCCUUUGAGAGUCCUGAGGGCCGGGCUCCGCUGAGCCUGGUGGUGCUGGAGGGCUGCACUGUGGAGCUGGCUGAGGCGCCCGAGCCUGAGGAGUUCGCCUUUGCCAUCCGCUUUGCAGCCCCUGGGGUGCGGCCUCACCUGCUGGCAGCAGAUGGGCCAGCGGCCCAGGAGGCCUGGGUGAAGGCACUGUCCAGGGCCAGCUUCAGCUACAUGCGCCUGGUGGUGCGUGAGCUGGAGAGCCAGCUGCGCGACGCCCGCCUCAGCCUGGCCCUGCAGCGCCGUGCCUCCUGGAGGACCCCCAGCCGCAGAAAGCCCCCAGCCCUGGACCAGAGGCCAGUGGGCUUGGACAAUGGCCAUGGCUCCUCCAGGGACUGCAGCCCCACGGGCUUGAUGGAGUGGGACUUGCAGGGCACCCCCAGCCUAGGCCUGGGCAGGGGGCAGAGCCCUGUGUCCCCCGAGACCUCCUGCUUCUCCACCCUCCACGACUGGUACGGCCAGGAGAUCGUGGCGCUGAGGCAGGGCUGGCUGCAGCGGGCCCAGGCCAGGCAGCAACUGCAGGAACACCACCGGCCCUGAGCCUUGGGCUCCUGCUGUGUCCUGCUGGCCGGGACACAGGCCCAGCGCUUUGGUGCUUUUACUUUUUCUCUUUCUUUCUCUUUCUUUCUCUUUCUUUCUUUUCCCUUUUGUUGCCCUUGUUGUUUAUCAUUGUUGUUGUUGGAUAGGACAAAGAGAAUUAGACAGAGGAGGGGAAGACAGAGAGGGAGAGAGAAAGACAGACACCUGCAGACCUGCUUCACCACCUGUGAAGUGAUUCCCCUGCAGGUGGGGAGCCGGGGGCUCGAACCAGGGUCCUCACUCUGGUCCUUGCGCUUCACACCGUGUGCGCUUAACCCGGUACACUACUGACCUGCCCCCUGGUACUUUUUCAGGAAUCUGAUGUUUACUCAUUCCUUUUUUUUUUUUUAAUUAUUCUACAAUUCUAGUAAACAAACAGGGUCUCACAAAGGUGUAAGUCCCCUGAGCAGCCCCCAAUAUACUUACAUACAUACAUAAAUAAUUUUGUCACCAGUUAUUAGUGAUUCUACCACUCCUAGUGACAAGUUUUGUUUGACCUUUUUUUCUUGCUGGAGGGAGAGAGACAGACAGACAGACAGGACAGGCACUAGCACCACCAUGCACAAGGUUUCCCUCCCCUUGCAGAUGGGGACUUGGGGAUUGAACCCAAGUCCACGCACCUGGUUAUGUGUUCACUCUCCCAGGUGAGCCACCACCUGGCCCUCCAACCCACAUUUUUACUCUUUGUAUGUUUUUGAUGAGAGCCGUUCUCAACUCUGGCUGUUGGUGGUGCCACGAGUAAAAUUUGGGGCCUCUUGCAUGCAAGUCUUGUGCUGCUUUCCCAGCUUUCAUUCUGAAGAUUCUAUAUAUUUAGAGAAAGGUGGGUGGAGAGAGAGACAGGGAAAGAGAGAGGGAAGCUCUGGGGCUGGUGAGCUAGCUCACUUGGGUAGUCCGCUGCUUUGCCACAUGCUCGACCUAGGUCUGAGCCUGACCCCCCACCACAUUCAAGGAAGCUUUGGUGCUGCGAUCUCUUUCACACACACUCUCUCCCUCUCUAAUUUCUAUGUCUCAAGAAAAAAAAGAUUAAAAAAGAAAAAGAAUUGCCAAAGCACAAUUCCAUCAUUCACGGAGCCAAACACCUGCUGUCUACAGUGCUUUCUGUGGUGCUGGGGAUUGAACCCAGGGCCUCAGCCACGUAAAGCAUGCACCCUACCCCCAAGCUCUCUAGUGGCCCCUAAAGUCACUUUUCUGUUUUGAGUGAGAUUCUCUCCAUCCUGCUUUCUUGGCCUUCUCCAGGUUGCAGGUGCACACUCAGGCCUGGGGGUGGAGCACGGGGCAGAGGAGUCAUCACCACAGCCCUUGUUUACUGAGGCCCAGAGCAGAGGGUGUCCCCUGGUGCUGCGCUGGCCCCUCCAGGAUAGCUGCUGAGGCUGAGCGCGUGGUUGAUGUUAGACGGUCAUAGUUCUCCCUGUCUUUUGCCUUUACACCAGACUUCAAAGCCAGGUUCCAACACGGGGUGCCUUAUGUGCAGCAAAAUGCUGGAAAUUGGUUGUAGCAUUGCUUCAGGGGGGCUGGCAUCGUCAGAAAAAGGUUGUUGUGUCUUCAGAGUUUUGAGGACCCACCUUUCCCUGAGUGGCAUGAAGUGUGGGCAUGGGACUUCCACUCUGCAAUGUGGACAGGCCCUUUAGAGGAAGAGGGGGCUUUGGCCAACAGAGGAACUUUCCCUGCUCUGAAAGUGUUGGGGCCACCCCCUCUCCCUCUGCAGACCGUGCUGGUCACUGUCCCAGCAAGUGCUCACGGUUUCAGCAUGUCAGUAGAGAGCCUCCCUGCCUUCUGCCCACGGGAAGCUAAGUGGAACUGGGGAGAUAACCAUGCUGUCCCGAGGAAGCCACUCUAUUUAGUUCUCAGUCUUGGAGGUCCUAGGUGCUCUGGGCACAGGACUCCGGGUGCCCUGUAAUAAACUUCUCUCUUGUCUGGGCUCCCCAAGAAAUACUCCUGGUUCUGAAACCCCUGGGGACUCAGUCACAGUCCUGCCUGUCAGUCAGUGUAUAUAUGCCAAGGCCCUCUUUCUCACUGCGACUUUUGCAGUAUUAGGUACACUGUUUUAGACAGAUGGGGAGAGAGGGGGGGGGGGAGGGAGGAGGGGCUGGGUGGUAGUGCACUUGAUAGAGUGUGCAUGUUACAGUG